AAUGGAGUCCUUCUACUCGGGCACGGCAGAGGCACACCUGGUGUUAUCCGCGGUCUUUUCUGGCAGUUGAUCUUCGCUAUAUUACAAGCGUCUCGAGGCAUUCGGUAUAAUAAUUUCCAUACUGCAACCCCGAUUCGAUCAUGUCGCACCAAACUACCACAGGAGGUCAGACAGCGUCAGAAAAAACCGAGUUCAAUGAAUUCGAAGCCUUCGAUGAAGAGACUGGCGUCACCAAGCAGGAAGUUAAUCGCCACAUUAACGAAACUACGCUCUCCGAUACCCAAAAAAAACGCGAAGCAAAGGUCCUCCGCAAAGUAGACUGGCGCCUGAUUCCCAUCCUUGGCUUGCUAUACUCCGUCGCUGGUCUUGAUCGUGUCAACCUGUCCAAUGCACGCGUUGCUGGUAUGAACAAGGACCUACGUUUCGACAUCGGCAAUCGUUAUUCAAUUGCGCUUUUGGUCUUCUUCAUCACCUACUUCCUGUUCGAACUGCCCACAACCUUAUUGCUUCGACCUCUCAAACCGAGGUAUCUUUUGAAUGGACUCGCAGUGUGCUGGGGUUCCGUCAUGCUUGGCAUGGGAUUCAUCAAUGACUGGCGAUACAUCGUCGUUUGCAGGAUGUUGAUUGGCGUUUUCGAGGCUGGAUACCUCCCAUGUUGUAUGUUCUUGCUCGCCACUUGGUACCAGAGAUUCGAAGUACAGUCAAGAAUAAGUUGGUGGUAUCUCAUCAACCUCUUUGUUAGCGCCUUUGGAAAUAUCCUCGCCUUCGCCAUAGUUAAACUGGAUGGAGUCCAUGGCAUAGCAGGCUGGAGAUGGAUCUUCAUAGUCGAGGGAGCAGCAACCCUGGGAAUAGCUUUGAUUGGCUUCUUCCUCGUCAUCGAUUUCCCGGACCGGAUGCUCGCCACAAACAAGCUGCAAGGCUUCACGCAGGACGAACUCCAGAUAAUACUGGAUCGCAUUGACCGAGAUCGAGGAGACUCUCAGCCCGACAAACUCACCUGGGAGAAGUUUACAAGACACGUCGUCAACUGGGAGUUAUGGGUCUACGGGUUCAUGUUCCUCACAUGCUCUGCCCCUAUCUAUGCAUUCGCUUAUUUUAUCCAAAUCAUCCUCGGCACGAUUGUAGAUAGCACAGCGGUAGUGUUCCUGCUAUGCGCGCCCCCAUACCUCUUUAGCAUUAUCUGGACCGUGCUCUGCGCCUGGUUGGCCGACCGCUCUCAUCUGCGAAUGCCCUGGAUGGUCGGGAACGCGGUCAUAACGCUCACCGGUCUCCUGAUCACCGCAUACUCGACCAACCCGGGCGCUCGUUACUUUGGCGUCUUCCUUGGUGUAAGUGGCUGCAACGCCAACCUGCCCACCAUCAUCGCACUGCAGAGCAAUAACGUCCGCUCGGACUCGCGACGCAGUGUGGCAAAUGGCGUGCAGUUGCUGUUUGCAGCGAUUGGUGGCAUUUACGCUUCCACAACGUUCAUGCAGAAAGAGUACCCAACGUACAGGACGGGUGUCUGGUGUGCCGUAGCAACUCAAUUCCUGCUCAUUAUACUGUGCGCAGGAAUGUUCCUGCACUUCCGGAAAGAAAACAAGGCUGCGGAUGAAUACGGGGAAGUCAUUCAGGAGGACGAAGGCUUCAGAUAUACGUUCUGAUCGGGUGUGCUCAUAGCACUACGUCAAGGUCUUGGUACUGCGCUGCUUGUCCUGGGAAAAGAGAGUCAUCAAUACUUUCGAGGUAGACAAGAGGCAUAGCAUGUACGGUCGGAAUGCGUGGUUCAUCAUCCCAUCAGAUCCAACAACGAUGCAGCUCUCAAACCUUCGAUAAUCGUGAGACUUUCCGUACUGGUCAAGCAGUAGAGAAACCGGAGACUUUCGGAAGAAAAAUUAGAGUACUUUUGGGUUCGCU